GCUAGCAGUGAUAGCUCAGAGAGACGCCAUUAGUUGGGUGCAAACCGGGAAUUCACGGCAAUAUAAGGAGAAUUAGCUCGCUGUCAACAUAUAUCUCCAUCUGUGUGUUGAUAUAUAUUUAAAACAAUCUAUUCCUCUCAUGCUGUCGAUGCGUUUUCCUUUUGAUUUUUAGCUUCUUUUUUUUUUUUUUUUUUUUUUUAGAAGUCGGAAGCUGAUGUGAGCUGCGCAGGACUUCACUUAGCAUUAGCAGCAGGAAGGAGGGAGGAGGUGAAGCUUGUUUUUUUGGAUAUAUAUCUUGUUUAUUAUAAAGUGCCCACGCCAUGGCGGCCGGAGGGGCGGGAGGUAACAGCGGCAGCGGCAGCAGAACAUACUCGUUUAAGGUGGUGCUGCUCGGGGAAGGCUGUGUGGGGAAGACGUCGCUGGUGCUGCGAUACUGCGAGAACAAAUUCAACGACAAACACAUCACAACUCUACAGGCGUCCUUCCUCACAAAGAAGCUCAACAUCACAGGGAAAAGAGUGAACCUGGCCAUUUGGGACACAGCAGGUCAGGAGCGUUUCCAUGCGUUAGGUCCCAUCUACUACAGAGACUCCAAUGGAGCCAUACUAGUGUACGACAUUACAGACGAAGACUCCUUUCAGAAGGUGAAGAACUGGGUGAAAGAGUUGAGGAAAAUGUUGGGGAACGAGAUUUGUUUAUGUAUAGUAGGUAAUAAAAUCGAUUUGGACAAAGACAGACAUGUUUCAGUGGAAGAGGCUGAGAGUUAUGCAGAGUCGGUGGGAGCCAAACAUUACCACACAUCGGCCAAACUUAAUAAAGGCAUUGAGGAACUCUUCCUGGAUCUCUGUAAAAGGAUGAUGGAAACCGCUCAGGCCGAGGAGAGGUUGAAGGGCAACGGAGCCAGCCAAUCGGCAUCAAGUAGGCGGGGCGUACAGAUUGUCGACGACGAACCACAAGCCACGCCUGCCGGGGGUUGCUGCUCCUCUGGCUAGCACACACACACACACACACACAGACACACACACACACACACACACAGACACACACAGACACACACACACAGUCUCUGUUGGUCCGAUUCAUAAAACCCUAAAAUAUUUCGAGUGUUUCUGCCGUGUUCAUUCAGUGCCGUCUCUGCUGCUAAGGAUCAUUGGAAAUUAUAUUGAAAUGAUUCCAGUCAGUAAUCCCUCCAAAAUAAAAUGAACCAACAUGUUUAUGAUUUCAAAAAUAAAAUCACAAUUUCAGCACUUUUGACUUCUAUCAUUUCCCUUCAUGAGCAGUGACGGAGUUGAACUGAUAUUCCAGCUCAGAUCUGCAGCUGUUUGCUUUUCAUACAAAAACCCUUCACUAAUGAACGAGCUGAAAUACUGAAAACACGUCAGCAGAGAUUUUAAUUUUUGCUUCUUUUUUUUUUUUUUUUUUUUGGUAAAACAUGAAUCCAGAUGUACAAACACACAUUUGUAUAAAGCUCCAUUAGUUUAGUUGUAGUUCAGUGGAGGUUUUCUGGCUGCAUGUUGUUAAUAUAAAGGUUGUUUUCAAACUGCAGCUGGUUGAUUUUCUGAGUUGAGCUAUCAGGAAAGUAAAAGUCCCUAAAAUGAGUUUAUCUAUUUCAGGUUCAAGGAUGUUUUUCCCACUGUUCGGUUUUGGAUCAUCUGUACAGUAUUAAACCUCUGAAGGACUUCUAUAGCGAGCAGCUUUCACUCACAGAUAAAAGAUCAAAUCUAAAGUCACAAAUCAGCUGUUGAUGUCUCAUUGUUAAAGCAAAAUGACGAAAGAAAGAAUUCAAUUAAGCAACAACUAGAAGAAGUAAAAAACAUCCUGAUUUCUGGUCUAUAAAUUAAAGCUGGAGACAAAGAAAAACAUAAAUGAAAGUCGCCCAGAGCCCAAUAUAACGUCUUCAAAGUGAUUAAUUGAUCAGUUGAUUGACAGAAAAUUCACUUUUAUUCAUCAUUGAUUGUUAUUUUCUGAUCAAAAGCUGUCAAUUUGAUUCCAGCUGUUUUUCUUUGUUGAAUAUCUUUGUGUUUUGAACUGUUGUUGAAGACGUCGCCGCGAUCUGAUGGACGUUUUCUGAUGUUUUAUAGAUUAAGCAAUUAAUUGAUUAAUCCCAAAAAAAAAAAAAAAAAUUAAUUAAUCUUCACAUUAAAAAAGAGAGAAAAUGCUGCAUUUUUACUUCAAAUACCAAAAUACAAUUUUAAAUUUAAGAAAACCGCUUAAUGGAUUUAAUUGUUUCAUCCCAAAACAAAAAUAACCUCUUUAUCAAUACUGUGCAACUUAAAGAUCCUACACACACACACACACACACACACACACACACACACACACACACACACUCCUGUUCACCAUGUUUUCCUGGACAGUGAAUAAUAACGUGCAUGUUUGAUUUCUGUAAACAGCUUUGUUUGGUUUACUUUUAAAGACAAAUGGUAAUUAAAAAAAACUGAACUGCAAUUAUUUAAUAAGUUAUAUUCAUGUGGCAGUGAUGGAAACCUGUACAUGAACAAACAAACAAACAAAUGUUGUCUCUGUACUCUCUAUUGUGUACUUUACUGUUGUUUUUCUCCACCGGGCCUGUACUGCAUUAAUCUCUCUGCUUCUUACUGAAUGAACUCUGAAAAAUGACCACAAAAAAGAAAAACAAACAGAAAAAAGACGUGCUGGACGUUUUAUCUGCCUUUAAGGAAAAAAAAAAAAAACUUUUGGGGAAAA